AUGAAAUUUUAUUUUUUUUUAUUUUAUUUGUUCAAUUUAAUAUAUUUAUCAAAAUCAGAUAUUUCAUCAAAUGAUGUAACUUGUUUAAAUACCUUAGGAAAAACUGUAGGGGAUCCAAGAUAUUAUGAUGCUAAUAUAGGUCAAACUUUUUGCAAAUUAGCAACUUCGGCAUGCACUUCGGAUGAGAAAAUUUUAGCAAUAGAAGUUAGUCAAAGUACAGGUACAUUAUAUUGGGAUUUAUUAACAUGUUUAACUGACCUUACUUCACUCAGAGGUCUUGGUUUGGUAAUUCAACAGGAUUUUAUUUCAUCGAUUCCCCCAACAAUUAAAAGAUUCUAUUUAUUAAUUUAUCUAUUUGAUAAUGAUAGAGAAAUAGUUACCUCAAAUUUAGUUAGUAUUAUAUCAGAUAUACCCCCAUUGGAUUAUUUUUAUAUUGGAGGUUUACUUGGUCCAAUUAAAUCAUCUUUUAUUAAACGUGUAAAGGAAUUCCGUUCGCCCUCAACUUCAAAAUAUCCAAAUCCAAGCUAUUUAGAAGUCGAUACAAACGAUAAUUCUUUGGGUAAUUUAGAAAAAAUAGAAAUAGCACUCAAAUCCAUACCAAACCUUUUUUAUAUUUCAUCAUUAAAAGAGGUAGAUUUUGAUAUUUUAAAAACUGCAGAUGUCAAUUCUUUUGAUAAUUUUUAUUCAUUUACUCAGAUUUCAGUAAUGACAUUUAGGAAUACUGAUAAUAGUUUAACAAUUCCAUUUCCUAAAAAAUUAGCAGAAAAUUUAAACCCAAGUUAUAGUAAAAUUACUUUUGAUAAUAUUAAAAUUACAACCAAUGACUAUAUUGAUUUUUCAAAUAUAGUAAAUGAAUGUGCAUUAGCAUUUCACAAUCCAGGCUCAGGCUUUAAUGUAAAUGGAAAUUUUCCUUUGAGACUUCCCAAAACAAAACUUUCAGAACUUUAUAUAACAAAUGGAGUAAUGCCAAUUGCACCAGAUUUUAAUAUUUUUAAAAAUGUUUCAAACUUGAUCUUAUUUGCUUUGGGUACCGAGGGAACACUACCACCAAUUGCUGCAGAUGUGGAUUUUUCAAACGUUGAUUUAUCAAAUAAUAAAUUUACAAACUCUCUUGAUGAAUCAUGGUGUGGCAUACCAAUAUAUAUUAUAUAUAAUGACAUUUUAUCUGUACCACCAUGUUUUCAAUGCUAUUUUGAUGAUAGCAGAGUUUCUUCUUUAUUUACUGGAAAUACUAAUCUACAGAACAAAUUAGUAAAUUGUAGCUCAUAUGAUACUAUUGUACCAAAGUUUACAGUUAUUGUAGAUAAGCAAUUAAUUAUUACUGGGAAAAAUAUUGGUUAUUAUGCAGACAAUAUUAUAUCAACACCAUCUAUUCCUUUUGUAAGAGAGGGUAAAAAUCGAUUUAUUGGGGAUCUUUCGGGUGUGUCAUCAGCUUUAACUACAAUGAAUAUUCAUUGGACAAUACCAGAUAUUUCAUUUACCAUUGGUUUAAGGGGAUCUCGUCCACAUAGUACUGCUAUUACUCAAGACAAAAACAUCCUCUCUUUUGAGGGCUUUUAUUAUAGUUAUAAUCCGCUAGAAGUUUCUAUAACAGUUGAAAAUUUGACAUGCACAGUUUAUGAAACCUCUUUUAACGCUAUGAAAUGCAAAUUACCAUUACCAGUAAAACUUCAAGGAUUUUAUUUUCUUAGAGUUGAUGUUAAUGGUUUAUUUUUAGACACUCUAUUCAAUUUUACAAGUACUAUAUGCCCUUCACCAGUUUGCAACGGAAAUGGUGUGUGCGAUUAUGAUACCGGAGAAUGUAAAUGCGAUGACAAAUAUACUACAGUUGGUGAUAAUGUUUGUUCCAUUCCAAACCAUCGUUUAACCUCAUAUUCCCAAGUUCUUUCCACACAAGGAGGUCCAAUCAUAUUAAAUGGUUACUUUGGCACUGAAAAUAAGGAGCUUUCAGUUAAAAUUGGUUCAAACAACUGUGUUGUCAAUAGUGUUAGCUCCGAGGCAAUUAAUUGCACCAUCCCAGCGGGAAGUGGUUUAAAAUCAAUUAACAUAACACAAAAUAAUUUAGUUUGGUUGGGUAAAAUCUAUCCAUAUUACGAUCCAGUUAUCUUAUGUCCAAAUGAUUGUACAUCACCAAGUAAUGGAAAAUGCCUAUCGAGUGGCAGUUGUCUUUGUAAUACAGGUUUUAAAGGUUUAGAUUGUUCAGUUAUAAUAAAGAAUGACACAAAUAUAGAAGAGCCAAAAACAGAAACCAAUGUAACAGAUGGAAAUGUAAUAUUAUCAAAUGAAGAAUCGGAUUUCAAAAUAUCAAUCGAUUCAAUUCGAGAGCUCGAUAUAGAAAACAGGAUUGUACAAUCGAAAUCAAUUGGAAAUUGGUCCAUUUAUAAGGAAAAGUCGAAUGAAAUAAGCUCAUUCAUCCAAAUCAUAAACAAUGCAACCAUAAUAUUAACAAUUGAAGAGAUUGGUGAUAAAGAUAAAAACUUUGAAUUUGCUGGAAACAACUUUACUGUCGAAAGUGGUGGUAUUAAAAUGUCUAUUUCAAUAAAUGAUUGGGAAUACACAAGUGUAUUGAAUGUACUUCAAAUUGUAAUGGUUACAAACUAUCAUAAAAACUUAACCAAAGAAUCAAAUAAUUGCAACGAAGAUAAUAUUAAGAUUAAAUCAUCAUCCAAUAGUAACUCUAUUAGCGAAUCUGUAAACUACCUCAAAAUCGAAAAUAAAGGUAAACUCUUUUAUGGCCGUUUCCAAGAUAAAGCAAUGAGCAACAAUCACACAGUAUUUAUCACUACCCAACUUUUAGAUCAAAGCAAUAAUGAUUUGGUUUAUCUAGGUAUAAAUUUACCACACUGCGACGAAUGUUUAAUAGAUCCAGAUUUUUCAUUAUUAAUAUCUCCAAAUUAUAAAAAUCAAUGUGACAAUGGUAGAAAAGCUUGGUUCUUACCUGUUGUAAUAGUUGUACCAAUUGUGGGCAUUGUUUGCAUAAUUAUAAUCUCUGCUAUUAUAUAUAAAAGACAUAGAGAAUCAUUUAAAAUUAAAAUUAACCAAAUUAAACUUGGAAAGCUAAAUUAA